CCAUCCAUCACAGCCGGUCGUGUUGUCCAUUGGUUCAUGUAUUCGGCACUUCCAACAUGGCUACCGGCAGCAUCGACAUACAUCGCAUGAAUUGGGAAGGUGCUCGGGAGACUCUGCGCCAGUGGAGGGACGAGAAUGACCGCCGAUCGGAAGAAACCGUCGAGAUCUGGUACAACGUAAUCGCGAAACACGUCAACAAGCUUGGCGACGAAAAGUGGGUGGUCUAUGAACAAGUAUGCACGGCGGCGCUGGACUGCCAUGAAAUGAAACUUGCGAAGGAGUGCCUGUCCAAACUCAACGAGGAGUUCCCGGGAAGCUUACGGGUGAAGAAGCUGGAAGCAAUGCAGCUGGAGGCCUUGGAAAAGUACGAGGAGGCUGCACAGUGCUACGAGUCCCUGCUGGGGCAGGAGGAGGCCAAUGCAGUGGUGCACAAGCGGCGGGUGGCCCUGCUGCUGUCCCAGAACCAGGUGGCGGAGGCCAUCCGGGAGUUGAGUGACUACCUCAAGCGCUUCAUGGGCGACCAGGAGGCCUGGCUGCAGCUGAGCGGGCUCUACCUGCGCGAGCAGGACCUGCCCCGGGCCGCCUUCUGCCUCGAGGAGCUCAUCCUGUGCAACCCCCACAACCACCUCUACUACCAGCGCUAUGCCGAGGUCCAGUACACAAUAGGCAACUUUGAAACGAUGGAACUGGCAAGGGCAUACUUUGCACAGGCCGUGAAACUCAACCCCAACAACAUCCGAGCACUCUACGGACUUUUCCUGGCGUCCAGCCACAUUGCCUCCCUGCCCAAGUGCAGCGUACAAAAGAAGAAAGACAACCAGCGGUAUGCGGCUUGGGCCUCUCAGCAGAUCACCCGAAAAUACCAGGAACGGCAGUGUGAAGACUCUCAAGUAAAGCUUCUGGAGGGCAUGCUAACCUCCCUCCAGAUAAACUGACAGCAGCACCCUAGGUGUCCGCCCCAAGUGGCUUGUAACUUUGUAUUUAUACGAAAACAAAACGACGCAACAUUUCGUUGCCUGGCGAGGUGCUGCUUCUGUGAUUCCGAUGUCGCGUGUGGCAUUCACCUUUGGUUGAUGUACAGAUAUCUACCUUUUUUUUUUUUACCCCUAGUAUUUCUGUGACAGAGUUCAUUAUGGGACUGUGACAGUAUGGUUUGGUUAAGAGUUCAGAGGAAAAUCCUCCCGCCUCUUUUUACUUUAGCGGAGCGAAUGGUGGAAAGGAGGCAACCUUCUUUCCAGCAUUUGCUCCGCUAAUGUGGAAAAGGGUGAAAUGAGCUUCUCCUGAAUUCUUAGCCUGUCACAAACUAAAGUAAUCUUACUGGUUGGCAGAAUUUGGUCUUUAUUCAAUCAAAUUCGUGCCUGUUUUAUAGCCAGCUUCAGCUAGUAUCACCAUGAAGUACUGCUAAUACUUUAUUUGCAUUCAGUACACUUAACAGCCAAGUUUUAGAUUGCGAGCAAGUGGCCCAGUUGUCCAAUACUGUCAAUAAUAUAUUAUAAUAAGCGUUAACAUUCCUUUGUACGUCAUCCAAAAAUGGCUACAGUGUGCUUUGGAUACAACGGUUGAGGGACACUCAUUUUGUGAAAGGUUGUAGUACAUUGAUUUCGUUUGAAUUUAACUCAACAUACUAAUACAAACUAAAACUGGGAGAACAUGACUAAUAAUACUGAGAAUAAAACACCGUGCUGCAAAA